AUGCUCCACGAAAUCCUCCUCUCCCUCUCGGGACAUCCAUCCCCUCUCCUCCGAACCGACACCACUCAGCCGCAUGCACUAUCCGGAAUCUCGCCCGCUGAGCGACAACUCCUCGCCUCAGCCGCCCACCUUAGCGAAGUCCACAUCAAACUCAUCAGUUACACGGCCCAAGUAGCGAACUCACACCCAUCGACCAUCUGCCGAGCCGUUGCGACAGCCAUAGACUCGAUCCAUCUAGCCGCCUUCCAGCGAAAAGUACUCGAUGUCGAGGAGAGCAUACUACAAGAUGACCCGGAGCUGGUUGGUGCGUACAAUAUUGUGCCUCUGACGGCUGUCAUGGGCGAGUUUAAGGAUUGGACUAGGAGAAUGGACUGGCUAUGGGAGAUGGUGCAGUUUAUGCUGGCCAAGGAUAAGAAGGGCAAUGAUUGCCAUGGCGCGCAGCUUAUGGACCGCCUACGGCUUGAGCUACAGAGUGGUUAUAGGGAUGUUCAAGAGACGGCUUUGAGUCUGGUCGCAGUCGCCGAGACUGCUUGGCUGAAGCAGGUUUCUGCGUGGAUCUUAUACGGCAGACUUCCAAGUUUUGGAAGUGAAGACUUCUUCGUUCAAAAAGUGGAAGAGUCCGAAGAGGAAUAUAUAUCACGGUCGAGUCUGUUGCCUGCCUUCGUGACGCCAGGCACAGCUUCUUCCAUGCUCUUCAUCGGCAAGUCGCUAAAUCACAUCAGAGUAAAGAGCAAUAUCGACUCGGGACUUCGUGGUCUGGAUCACUUGUCAUCCAAACUACAAGAGCUUUCAAGUCUUUCCUUUCCGCUGAAGAGUACCAGCUUUUCUAGAGCCAUCAUUGCCGUGCGAAUAUCUCUGUCUGAGAACACACUUCAGAAACUCCUUCCGCUGUCCAAGGUGACGGAAAUGCUACAGUUACUCAGAGACUUUUUCCUGCUGGGUCGUGGUGAAUUUGCCAUGCAGUUGACUCACGAGGCAGACGAGAAGAUUCGCAGUCGAUGGAGGAGAGCGGAUAACUUGGCAUAUGAGAAGGGCGAUGGUUUGAAAAAUGUGACGGUCAAAGAGGGUGAGGUUGCUGCAGUUCUUGCUAGAACAUGGGCUGUUCUGGCAUCUAUGCAGGGCCAGCACGCUGAGGAAGACGAGCAACUUGAGCUUGCUCGAGAUCUUCUGCGACUCAACCUUACGAAGAGCAAGACGACGACGCCAUUGGGAUCUGGUUCUGGCCUCAGCCGAGAAGCUGCGAACUUGUUGUCUGAAUCACCAUUCCGAAACCUUUUAUUCUCUGUCCCCUCUUUACUAUCUAUCCAGAUACCUGCACCACUGGAUAUGGUACUGUCACCAUCAGAUGUUCAGAUUUACUCAUGCAUCAACGCCUACCUACUAUCAAUGCGCAGAGCGCACAUCCGACUUACCGAUCUAUGGAAGAUCACAUCGUUACGACGUCAUCACCCAACAUCAAGAGGCGAUCGGGACCAGAUUAUUCUUCUUCGAAAGAGAUGGACAGCACGAUCCUCGUCGAUGCGUAGCUCAUGGACCACAGCCAGCGCUGCCAUUUUCUUCCUUGCCGAAACGGAAGCCUACCUACAGACAGAAAUUGUAGCUGGACUGUGGGAGGGUUUUCACGAGUGGUUGACAGCCAACGAUCCCAAGCAUGGUAGGUCUAGGGCGCCAACGCCUACCAAGUUUCAAGAUGAGGAUGGUGGUAUUGAUGAAGAGGAUGACGAUGAAGAUGAUUUGUGGCUAAGCAGCGAGAAUGAUAAAGCUGCAACUCAGAACGAUACUUCCAAAUCAUCGGAUUCGACUCCCCCACAAGAUCCUCAAACUCUCUCUACAGCACAUCGCCUGUACCUACGUACUCUCAUUCACCGUCUACUCCUUACUCAACCAACCUUUACACAACCCCUCUACAAUCUCCUCAUUCACAUCGAUCAUCUCGUUGCUCACUUACACCGGUUACAUGCUAUCUACACUUCUAUCGACUUGGAACAAGACGCCGGUGUAGUCGACGCCUUUGUCGAUCUCGAAUCCGAAGAGCGCGAUGUUAAACGCCGUCUCCACGAUAUCGAGUCUCGUGUCCGCUCCGGCAUAGAAGAUGUCGUCGCCGCACUGCGCGCGCUCGAGUCCGAUCCAAUCUUCACAGCAGAAUGGGAGGGCGACACAGCUCCCGCCACUGCAACUGAGGAGGAUGACGAGGAAGAGGAGCGACGGGGCAGAGCACGGGACACAGAUGACGCAGAGGAACGUGGUGGCUUUACGGCUGCUCGGGUCGGCGGUAUCAAUCGCCUGCUCAUGAAGCUUGAUUUUGGCACAUGGUUUGGCACGACGGACGGGACACAAUGA